AUGGCCUCUCCCGGGGCUCCGUCCACCCUGCCAGAGUUACCGGAGCGCAACUGUGGGUACCGCGAGGUCCAGUACUGGGACCAGCGCUAUCGAAACGCUGCCGACUCCGCUCCCUACGAAUGGUUCGGAGACUUCUCUUCCUUCCGUGCCCUUCUGGAGCCGGAGCUGCGGCCGGGGGACCGGAUCCUCGUGCUAGGCUGCGGGAACAGUGCUCUGAGCUAUGACCUAUACCUCGGAGGCUUCCCUGAUGUGACCAGUGUGGAUUACUCAUCAGUAGUCGUGGCCGCUAUGAAGAUUCGCUAUGCCCAUGUACCCAGGCUGCGCUGGGAGACUAUGGAUGUGCGGACACUGGACUUCCCCAGUGACUCCUUCGAUGUGGUGCUUGAGAAGGGCACACUGGAUGCCUUGCUGACUGGGGAACAAGAUCCUUGGACUGUAUCCUCUGAAGGUGUCCACACUGUGGACCAGGUUUUAAGUGAGAUGGUGGAGUACAAACGCGCCACACUUCGGGAUGAAGAUGCACCCGAGACCCCCAUAGAGAGCGGGUCCUCCCCGGACGCCUUGGAGGUGGGAUUCCGGAAAGCGACCAGACGCCUCUUGGGCUCACACACGCAGCUGGAGCUGGUCUUGGCGGGUGUCUCUUUAUUGCUGGCUGCUUUGCUUCUGGGCUGUCUUGUGGCCUUGGGGAUCCAAUACCACAGAGAUCCAUCCCACAGCACCUGCCUCACAGAGGCCUGCAUUCGAGUGGCUGGAAAAAUCCUGGAGUCUUUGGAUCGUGGAGUGAGCCCAUGCGAAGACUUUUACCAGUUCUCAUGUGGAGGCUGGAUUCAGAGAAACCCUCUGCCCGAUGGGCGUUCUCGGUGGAACACCUUCAACAGCCUCUGGGACCAGAACCAGGCCAUUCUGAAGCACCUGCUGGAAAAUUCUACCUUCAACUCCAGCAGUGAAGCUGAACGGAAGACCCAGCGUUUCUACCUGUCCUGCCUGCAUGUGGAGCGCAUCGAGGAGCUGGGGGCCCAGCCUCUGCGAGACCUCAUUGACAAGAUUGGUGGUUGGAACAUUACGGGACCUUGGGACCAGGACAACUUCAUGGAGGUACUAAAGUCAGUGGCAGGGACCUACAGAGCCACCCCUUUCUUUACUGUCUACAUCAGUGCUGACUCCAAGAGUUCCAACAGCAAUGUUAUCCAGGUGGACCAGUCUGGGCUCUUUCUGCCCUCUAGAGAUUACUACCUAAACAAGACUGCCAAUGAGAAAGUGCUCACCGCUUACCUGGACUACAUGGAGGAGCUGGGGCUGCUGCUGGGUGGACAGCCAGCCUCCACGCGGGAGCAGAUGCAGCGUGUGCUGGAGCUGGAGACCCAGCUGGCCAACAUCACUGUCCCCCAGGACCAGCGGCGUGACGAGGAGAAGAUCUAUCAUAAGAUGAGCAUUGCUGAGCUGCAGAUCCUGGCGCCCUCCAUGGACUGGCUGGAGUUCUUGUCUUUCUUGCUGCCACCCCUGGAGCUGAGUGACUCUGAGCCUGUGGUCGUGUACGGGACAGAUUAUUUGCAGCAAGUGUCAGAGCUCAUCAACCGCACAGAGCCGAGCAUCCUGAACAAUUACCUGAUCUGGAACCUGGUGCAGAAGACAACCUCGAGCCUGGACCGGCGCUUUGAAUCUGCACAGGAGAAGCUGCUCGAGACCCUUUAUGGCACCAAGAAGUCCUGCAUGCCGAGAUGGCAGACGUGCAUCUCCAACACGGACGACGCCCUUGGCUUCGCUCUGGGGUCCCUGUUUGUGAAGGCCACAUUUGACCGGCAAAGCAAAGAAAUUGCAGAGGGAAUGAUCAGUGAGAUCCGUACAGCCUUUGAGGAGGCCCUGGGACAGCUGGUUUGGAUGGAUGAGAAGACCCGCCAGGCAGCUAAGGAGAAAGCAGAUGCCAUCUACGACAUGAUUGGCUUCCCAGACUUCAUCCUGGAACCCAAGGAGCUGGAUGAUAUUUAUGAUGGGUAUGAAGUGUCCGAAGAUUCCUUCUUCCAGAACAUGCUGAAUCUGUACAACUUCUCUGCUAAGGUGAUGGCUGACCAGCUCCGCAAGCCGCCCAGCCGGGAACAGUGGAGCAUGACCCCCCAGACGGUGAAUGCUUACUACCUUCCAACCAAGAAUGAGAUCGUCUUUCCUGCUGGCAUCCUCCAGGCCCCCUUCUAUGCCCGCAACCAUCCCAAAGCCCUAAACUUUGGUGGCAUUGGCGUGGUGAUGGGCCAUGAAUUGACACAUGCCUUUGAUGACCAAGGGCGUGAGUACGACAAGGAAGGGAACCUUCGGCCCUGGUGGCAGAAUGAGUCCCUGGCAACCUUCCGGAACCACACGGCCUGCAUGGAGGAGCAGUACAGCCAGUACCAGGUCAACGGGGAGAAGCUCAACGGGCGCCAGACGCUGGGGGAGAACAUCGCUGACAAUGGGGGCCUUAAGGCUGCCUAUAACGCUUACAAAGCGUGGCUGAGAAAGCACGGGGAGGAGCAGCAGCUGCCAGCCGUGGGCCUCACCAACCACCAGCUCUUCUUUGUGGGAUUUGCCCAGGUGUGGUGCUCGGUCCGCACACCAGAGAGCUCUCACGAGGGGCUGGUGACCGACCCCCACAGCCCUGCCCGCUUCCGAGUGCUGGGCACUCUCUCCAACUCCCGAGACUUCCUGCGGCACUUCGGCUGCCCUGUCGGCUCCCCCAUGAACCCAGGGCAGCUGUGUGAGGUGUGGUAGGCCAUCUGGGUGGGGGAGAAAUGGCCAGCUGGCCCUGAGGCCUGGGGCAGCU